AUGUCUAGUAAGGUUGUUGUCUUGGUGCUUGUAAUUAGUGCCCUUGCAUGCAUUGUUGGGGCUCGAGUUUUGUUGAAUAAUGAAGGAAACAAAACCUCCGUCCUUCCGCAAAGUGAAGAAGGCAAUGCAGAAGAAGAUGGUGGUAAUGGAUUUGAUCAAAGCCCGGGCGGUGAUGAAGGUGAUGCGGAAGACAAUGGCGAUGGAUUCGAUGGCAGUGGUACUAUAGGCAGUGGUUUACGUCGUCCACCUCCAAUGGGAGGCAUUUCAGGAAGUACUGGUGCUGGUAGUGGAGCUGGUUUUGGAGGUGGUGUUGACCUCGGAGCUGGUGGUGGAGGAGGACCACUUGGUGGUAUAGGUGGAAGGAUUGGUGUUGGAGGUGGCGGUGGCGGUGGCAGUGGAUUCGGGUUUGGGCUUGGGUCUGGACCUGGAAGUGGCAUUCACGGUGGGGCCGGACUUGGCGUGGGUUUUGGAGGUGAUGCUGGUUUCGGCCACGGUGGCGAAAGUGGUGGGCUCGGUGGCAGAAGUGGUGGAUUUGGUGGAGGAUUUGGUGGUCCGGGAGCUCCUUAG